UGAAAAUGCUGCCUGCUGGCAAGUCCUGGCUGCUCUUUGGAGUACUGCUGUGUACCAAGUCCAGCGCUGGAUCUACGGCACAGAGCAAAGGUGGCAAGAAUGCCCAUCCAGAAGUGAUCACUGCAUUUGGGCGCCUUCAAGGCAAGAUAACCAGUGUGAAGGGUACUGACCAGCCUGUGAAUGUCUUUCUGGGGGUCCCUUUUGCAAAACCACCCAUUGGAUCCCUUAGAUUCGCCCCUCCGCAACCACCGGAGCCCUGGAGUCACGUGAGAAACUCGACAUCUUUCCCUCCAGUGUGUCUGCAAGACUUGCAAUGGUAUGAGAACAUUAAGAAAUCAACUAAUAUAAUGUUACCUAAAAUUACAAUGUCUGAAGAUUGUCUUUAUUUGAAUGUUUUCACCCCGGACACAAAAGGAAAUUUUCCUGUGAUGGUUUGGAUUCACGGAGGAGGGCUGGAGAUAGGGGGAUCUUUUCUGUAUGAAGCAUCACCGUUGUCUGCAUAUGAAGGUGUGGUAGUUGUAGUGAUUCAGUACAGGCUUGGCAUCCUCGGAUUCUUCAGUACUGGGUCUGCAGAUGCCCCUGGAAACUGGGGCUUAUUGGAUCAAACAGAAGCUCUCCGAUGGGUUCAGAAAAACAUUAGGAGCUUUGGAGGAGAUCCCCAGUCUGUGACCAUAUUCGGCGAGUCUUCCGGAGGGUAUAGCGUUGGUGCUCACAUGUUAUCUCCGUUAUCCCAAGGUUUGUUUCACAGAGCUGUAUCACAAAGUGGAGUAGUCCUGUUUCCAGAUAUGACUUUCCAGGCAGAAGCCCCUGCUAAAGAAAUAGCAAAUGUCUCCGGCUGUGGAACAAACAGUGCUGAACUGGUGUGUUGCUUAAGGAAUAAAACAGAACAAGAGCUAAUACCUAUGAUGAAGGAAGUUACCAGCACGUAUCCAGUUGUGGACGGCAAGUUCUUUCCAAAGGCACCUAAAGAGCUUCUGGCUGCAAAGGAGUUCAACCUUGUCCCCUAUCUACUUGGCGUGAAUAACCAUGAAUAUGGUUGGCUCAUCUUUCAAAUACUGAAUUUCCCAAAUAUAUCAAAUGGCAUAAGUCGGGAGAACGCCACUACAGGGUUUCAGCUUGUGGCCACCAUGCUGGGGCUGUCACCUGAAUCUACGCAGAAGGUAUUGGACAAGUAUCUGGGAGACACGGAAGAUCGUAUCAAAAUACGAGAUCGCUUCCAGGAUAUGAUGGGAGAUGCCAUCUUUGUGGUUCCUGCUGUUGAAAUGGCUAGAAUCUAUAGAGAUUUUGGCGCUCCUGUCUACUUCUAUGAAUUCCAGCACCAGCCCAUCCAGCACAGAGGCACCAGGCCAGAUUUCGUGAAGGCCGACCAUGGUGACGAAAUCGCCUUUGUCUUCGGACUGCCAUUCUUAAAAGGCACCUCUCCUAUUCCAUCUUCAGGUGAUGAAGCAGAGGGUGAGAAGCAGCUUAGCAAGACAAUCAUGAAAUACUGGGCCAACUUUGCUCGCACAGGAAAUCCGAACAGCAACGGUUUGGUGGAGUGGCCACGCUACGAGCAGAAUGAAGGGUACCUGGAACUGAACCUAAGGCAACGGAGCGCGGAGAAACUGAAAAAGAAGCAGGUUGACUUCUGGAUGGGGAUCUUGCACGGUAACACGAAAACUGAACAAGAGAAGGAAACACAUGCGGAUCUUUAA